CAACUCUGCCGUCCAAGCACUGCAGAUUCUCUUCGCAGCUGGAGAAGAUUUAUCGGGCUCAGGCCGGCACUGCUCGCGCCAUGAGCUCCGUCACCAUGCUCCAGACGUACCAGGCAAUGUGCCUGGCGGAGCUCGGAUCGCUGGUUCCUGAUGACAGCCCUUUGGCACCUCUUCUUAACGAGGUCAGAGUCGCCACAGAUUACAUCCUCCGUGCGUCUCGCUGUGCAGCGCUCUCCCUGGGCAGAGGGAUGGCUUCGACAGUAGUGGCGCAGAGGCACCUGUGGCUGACCCUCUCUGACGUCCCGGAUAGGGACAGAGCUGUAUAUCUGGACGCACCAGUGUCUGCGGCUGGGUUAUUCGGUCAUUCACUUGAAGCCAUUUAGGCUAGAUUCGAUCUGAGGAAGAAGCAGACGGAAGCUCUGCGCGACAUCAUCCCCAGACGUCAGCCCAAGCCCAAGCCCGCAGCUAGCUCUCACAGGCCGCCUGGCAAGAGACCGGCGCCCAUUGCUGAAGUGGGUGCGCCGCCAGCGAGAGCACAUCCUCCGGCCCGAGCUCCACGCCGAGGCUCACCCUCGGGCCCCCGAUGGGUGCCGACGCCAAGGAGGAAGAAGUCUCAGCCCUCCUAGCUGUGGUUUCGAGUGGAAAAGGGGUCUAGCAGCAGGGAGACGCUGCUUUUACCCCUCUGUUGCCACCCAAGAGGUGCCGCUUAAGUUCUGUUCAGGUUGUCAGCCCCAGAAGGCGCUGCACUUUCCUAACACAGUCUCCCAAGCACAAAACCCCUGCACACAAAAUGCCUCAGGUAACUCCCUGUUCAGGUGUGUUAAAUGUUCAGGUGACCACAUCAAGUGUUCCCGCUGUUUUUCAUUGUUGUGCCCCAGAAAAGGUCCCUCCAACAAAAUGUAUGAAUGUACAUGUUCCCAUGUUACAAUCAAUAAAGAGUGUUGUUUAUUCUCAAACAAUCACACUGGUGAGAGAAUGGAGGUUACACCCUUUAAUAGUGGCUCAGAUUUGGGAUCUAUUUGGCAAGGCGCAAAUAGAUCUUUUUGCUUCCAGGGUAAAUACUCACUGCCCCCUGUUCUUCUCCAUAAUCGACCACGAUGCACCCUUGGGCUUGGACGCGCUAGCGCACCAAUGGCCAGACGUGCUCCUGUAUGCAUUUCUCCCAGUGGAAAUGAUAUCUCCAGUUCUAGAGAGAGUGCGUCGGCAUUCCCUCUCUCUGAUUCUAGUGGCCCCUUGGUGGCCCACAAGGUCGUGGUAUGCAGAGAUAAUCAGCCUGCUAGCAGCGAGUCCUUGGCAGCUUCCUCUCCGCAGGGAUCUCCUCUCUCAGGCGGGAGGAGAAGUGUUUCAUCUGCGCCCAGAUCUGUGGCGCCUUCAUGCUUACCUGCUGAGAGGCUAAACUCGAUUGCUAAGGGUUUGCCACCUAGUGUGAUAGCGACAAUUCAGAGCGCUAGGGCCUCAUCUACUAGAGGCUUGUACGCUUACAAAUGGCGAGCCUUCAAGCAAUGGUGCCAGGACCGCCACACUCUCCCAUUUCAGUGCUCUAUUGUGGAUGUUUUGACAUUCCUGCAGGAGCUGCUGGAUAAGGGCCUUUCAUUUUCGACAAUUAAGGUUUAUUUAGCAGCUAUAUCUGCUUGUCAUAUUGGCUUUGACGGGGUGACACCAGGUGCACAUCCCCUCGCCAUACGUUUUCUGAAAGGGGUUCGCCGGCUGAGACCCGUGCUUAAGUCCAGUGUCCCUGCUUGGGACUUGUCUUUGGUGCUGGAGGCCCUUUGUAGCCCCCCGUUUGAACCCAUCGAGUCUGUGGAUAUGAAAUUUCUUUCAUAUAAGACUGCAUUACUUCUCGCUUUGGCUUUGGCAAAGCGAGUGGGUGACCUUCAUGCGCUGUCCGUGCAUCCCGCCUGCACACAGUUUUCUCCUGAUGCCACAAGGUCGUAUUGUGUCCAAAUGCUGCCUAUUUUCCCAAGACCAUGCCUGCAUCUUAUAGCUCAAUGGAGUUUGAGUUGCUGAGCUUUUGCUCGCCUCCUUUUGCAUCUGAGGAGCAGAGGAGGAUGCAUUCUCUUUGUCCAGUGCGUGUGCUACGCACCUACAUUGAGCGCACUCAGAAUGUGCGUUUAUGUGACCAGCUGUUUGUCUGCUUCGCCAAUCCAAAUAGAGGUAGAUCUCUGUCCAAACAGAGGCUGUCCCACUGGAUUAUAGAAGCUAUCUCACUGGGAUACGGCACCAGAGGUCUUGCUUUGCCCCACGGGCUGAGAGCUCAUUCCACCAGGGGGAUGGCAACCUCAUGGGCUCUUUUUAAAGGGGUGCCUGUAGCUGAUAUUUGUGCGGCAGCUAGUUGGGCAUCACCGCACACUUUUGUGCAGUUUUAUCGGUUGGACGUUACAGCCCCUUCGGUGGCUCAUACUGUCCUUUCUGCUGGGUCUACCACUCGCUAAGGUAGUGGUGGCCCGAUUCCGGUUCGGUGGCUGCUCUGCGGGGCGUGUAUAUAUGUCCCAUACUUAUGUGUUGUACCGAGUGAAUCGACUGAAAGGGAACGAAUAGUUAUGUCUAUAACUUCUGUUCCCUGAAGGAGAGGAAUGAGGUACAACACAAGGUGGCCCCACUGAGCAGUUUGGCUCAGUGAAGAGCGGCUAUCGAACUGAAGGAUGACUGUGAUGACAGCGGCUAUAU